AUGCAUUUGAUCGCAGUUUUCCUGGCGCUGGUAGCCGGCUCUCAUGCAGCAUUGACCGCCAAAGGAGUCGACUGGUCGUCUCUCCUGGUUGAAGAAGCCAGCGGGCAGUCGUACAAGUCUGUGUCCGGAGAGGUGCAGCCUCUGGAGACCAUCUUGGGCAACUCCGGUGUCAACACCGUCCGCCAGCGUCUCUGGUACACCGAUGGCGAUUAUGGGCUUGAAUACAACCUUGAGCUUGCUCGACGUGCCCAGGCUGCGGGAUUGGAUUUCUACCUCGACAUCUUCUACUCGCCCACCUGGACUGACGCGGGACAUCAGGAGACACCAUCUGACUGGGCCAACUAUGGAAUCGACGAUCUGGCUUUUGCUGUCUACAACUACACCAGAGACACGAUGACCGCUUUCAACUCUGCGGGUAUCGUCCCUGCACAGGUCGCCAUUGGCAACGAGAUCCGUGCUGGACUUCUCUGGCCCUUGGGAGACAUGAGCAACUCUGAUGGACCUUACAAUGUUGCUCGCAUGCUGCAUUCAGCUGCGUACGGCGUCAGGGAUUCGUCGUCGUCAACACAGGUCCUAGUGCACUUAGACAACGGCUGGGAUUACGAAGCACAGCAGUACUUCUACGAUACUGUCCUCGCCCAAGGGCCGCUGGAACUCGAAGACUUCGAUGUGCAGGCUGUGAGCUACUAUCCCUUCUACAGCUCGUCGGCAACUUUGUCCGCGCUCAAGACUAGCUUGAGCAGCAUGAAAUCCCGCUACAACAAAGGAAUUCAAGUCGUUGAGACCGACUGGCCAACGUACUGCCCAAGUCCAGCCUAUGAAUUCCCUGCGGACACAACAAGCAUACCUCUCUCGACUGCUGGUCAGACAACCUGGGUGCAAGACAUUGCCACGGUCGUCGAGGAUAUCGGCGGUGAUGGGUUGUUCUAUUGGGAGCCCGCGUGGAUCGACAAUGCGGCACUGGGGAGUAGCUGUGGUUACAACCUGAUGGUCGACGACGACGGGACUGUUAUGAGUAGCUUGGCUGUUUUUGGCGAGAUCUGA